GGAAAGAGGAGAAGCUGACAUGAUAUUCGCGUCCAAGGGAGACCUCACUGGGACGGGACAGGUAACGCAAACCGUUUAUCGGCGGCGGUUUACUGUCAAGGUGUACAUUGGAGUAUAGAUAAUGCUCAGACAUGGUGCCUUGUCAGACCCAUGUGUUGCUGAAGUGGCAGGAGCACUUCAAUAGCUCCUGGGCAGCUGAAGACAGCGUACAGACAGCCAGGAGGCAUGAUGCUGCUGUGCUCUACAAUAAGCUCCUUUACAACAAGGAAGUGGUGACUCUGGCCCAACCUAUUCAAGAACUUGUUGGCCCACGCCUACCAGACUUUGAGUGUGAGUCCAGUGCAUCGGCGGAGAAAGAAGAGUACCUGUCAUCCCUGCUUCAUAGCCAGCGAUGGCUGGCUCACCGCAUGCUGACGCAAACCUCCUACACCCUGGGCCUCCACCACAGGCUGGUAGUUCUACAGAGGAUCUACUACGCACUUCACAGCAAAUAUCAUGACAAAUUCCGUGUGCAGCUGCCCUCCCAGUCUACAGACAGUGGGGCUGAAUGUGGGCAAAUUGAGCCGGCGUCAGAGCCUUGCCUGCCAGGGGGAGCAUCCAAAAUCAAGUCAGGUACAGAUGUUCUCAUAGAAAUGGGUGUCAGGACGGGUUUGAGUCUGCUCUUCUCGUUACUGCAGCAGAACUGGAGGUACGCAGCCUCUGUGCAUCCGGAGUCGGUGCUUUGCAAUGAUGUUCUCGCCACAGCUUCCUCUGUGCUGACUUCGCUGCCACCACUUUCUCUGGCUAAUGAGAAUAAGAUCCCCUCAGUGGGUCUGGACUGCCUGGCACAGGUGGCUGACUUCCUAAAGAAGACGUCAGUGAGCAGUGGGAGCGGUGGUGCAGAUCCGACUGGUCGGAGGCUUGCGCUGGAGCUGCUCCUUGGUCUCGCCAUGCAGAGGGGCUCUCUGAAGUUUCUGCUGGAGUGGGUGGAAGUAGCCUUGGCUGCUUCCAUGUCCUCCUCCACCUCUACACUGUCUUCCUCCCCCUCACUGAGCUCCCAGCAGUCAGCUGGUGUGGGUUUUGAUGUAAUCCAUCAAACUCUUUUCCAGAUGAGGCAAUAUUCGGGUUUCCGUGGGGAUGCUGUCAAUACUCAGGUGCUUAAGAAAGAUGCAGAUGGACUUUGUCGGCUCUCCCAGGCAGCUCUCUGCUUGUUUGAGGAGAUCUGUAACCUAGCAUCCUACUGCCUGUGCUCCUGCAGCACGGAUGCAGCUGCUCCUGGUACAGAGAGCGACACAGUCAUGGUGUAUGUGUGGGGCAGCAACAGCAGCCAUCAGCUGGCAGAAGGAACUCUGGAAAAAAUCCUGCUGCCAAAGCUGACGCAGGGCUUCAGCGAUGCUCAGAUGAUUGAGGCAGGCCAGUACUGCACUUUCUCAGUAUCUGCGGAUGGUUCAGUGAAAGCAUGUGGAAAAGGCAGCUAUGGCCGUCUGGGCCUGGGGGACUCCAACAAUCAGUCCAUGCCUAAGAAACUUGUGCUGGAGCCACAUAGGAACAUGAAGAAAGUGUCCUCCUCCAAGGGCUCUGACGGUCACACUUUGGCUAUCACUGUAGAAGGAGAGGUUUUCAGCUGGGGUGAUGGAGAAUAUGGGAAACUGGGCCAUGGCAACAGUGCCACACAGAAAUACCCCAAAAUCAUACAAGGACCGCUGUUAGGCAAGGUUGUUGUUUGUGUGUCUGCUGGAUACAGACACAGUGCUGCUGUGACUAAUGAUGGAGAGCUUUAUACAUGGGGAGAAGGAGACUUUGGCAGACUUGGUCACAGUGACAGCCAGAGUCGCAACGUGCCUACACUAGUGAAGGAUAUCAGUGGUGUAGGGCAGGUGGCCUGUGGCAGCUCUCACACUAUCGCUGUGGCACAGGACGGACGUACUGUGUGGUCCUUUGGAGGAGGGGACAAUGGUAAACUGGGUCAUGGAGACACCAAUCGUGUGUAUCGCCCCAAGGUCGUAGAGGCCCUACAUGGAUUUAUCAUCAGGAAAGUGUGUGCUGGCAGCCAGUCAUCUCUAGCCCUUACCUCUGCAGGACAGGUAUUUGCAUGGGGCUGUGGAUCAUGUUUAGGAUGUGGCUCUUCUGAAACAACCUCUCUAAGGCCCAGAUUCAUAGAAGACCUCAGUAUCACCAAGAUCAUUGAUAUCUCAUGUGGCGAUAGCCACUGUUUGGCUCUGUCCCAUGAGAAUGAAGUGUAUGCAUGGGGGAACAACACUAUGGGCCAGUGUGGGCAAGGGCACACUUCUACACCAAUUACCAAACCCAAGAAAGUGCUUGGUCUAGAGGGUGUCUCGAUCCAGCAAAUCACUGCUGGCACCUCUCACAGUCUGGCUUGGACUGCAGUGCCAACUGACAGGCAACUGGUAGCAUGGCACAGGCCCUUUUGUGUUGACUUGGAGGAAAGUACAUUCACCUACUUACGCAACUUCCUAGAAAGUUACUGUGAUGGCAUCAGUAACGACACUCCCCCUGCUCCAUUCUUAUGUAAAAGGGACCACCAUCAUUUUCUUUUGCUGUGCAUGAAGCUGCUGUCCAUCCACUUGUCCUUGGCCCAUGCAGGGGGCACCGGUGCCAUGGUGCUGGGUGCUCAGGGCAGGCCCCUGAGAAACCUGCUCUUCAGGCUCAUAGACACCAACAUGCCAGAUUCCAUACAACAAGCAGUUUUGAACACACUGUCCAUUGGUGCGUCCCUGCUGCUGCCUCCACUCAGGGAAAGAACAGAACUGCUCCUCUCCCUCCUUCCUCAGGGCCCUCAGAGUUUGAAUGUUCUUUCCAAAGGACAGCGUCUGCAGUUAGAUAUGGUCCUCAGCAGUCUUCAAGAUCAGAGCCAUGUAGCUUCUCUACUUGGUUACAGCAAUUUUGGAGAGGUGACGGCUCUGGGACAUCCACUGACACCCGCUUUGUCCGUCCGGCCACCCUCUUCAUCUAGCUCUGUUGAGGCCUAUGAUCCUCUGCAUUUAGCAGAGGUGCUGCUGAGAACCCUGCUUCUUAGCAUCGGCUUUUACACGGAGCAACAGUUUGGGGAACUGGAGAAAAACAGUGACAAGCAGCUAUGUGGUGAUGGUCAGGGACAAACUGAUCCUCCGUCUCACUUCCACCAGUUGCUGUCUGGACUUCACAAACACCUGCUCGCUCAUUGCUACAUCCACUCAAGCCCCGAGGACGACAGCAGCGUUGCACUACUCCGCGAGCAUCUUUACCUGCUGCUUCCCUGCGCAGCUGAGACACUGAGGAGAUCAACUAAACUGCUGAAGGAGUCUUCCCACGACAAACAAAUUAUCAAAAAGCUGCACAUGGUGUUGUACAAUUCAGUGGCUGGCAGCCUGCUGUGCCAGGUCAUAUACUCCUUGCUGCUGCUGCCCCUGGGUAUGGUUCAACCUCUCCUGAGCCAUUUACUGGCCUUGUUGGAGCACCUCAACAGUUUCAACAGGUUGCUUCCAGAGACGGUCUUACUUGAGGAACAAGAACUAGGAAUAGAGGCUCAGAAAGCCUGUUCAGAUAAAAAUGAUGAAAACACAAGCGUUGGACAGCAGCAGCAGCAGGAGGAGGAGUGCAGAUGGGUUUGGCUGUUGGACCUGGAACGUUCUGUUGCGUUGGCAGUCGGCCGCUGCCUUGGUGGUAUGCUGCAAGGCCCACUGCCCUCACUCCAGGAGAAAGCGUCAGAGAUCUGGCUAUCAAAUGUCCUCCUCAGGAAUGGUCUCGAGAUGGACUUUGAACAGCUGGAAUCUAGCAUGGCAUGGCUGACUGAGGUAGUGCUGCUGGGCAGUAGUGAUGCCAGACUAGCAGAGCUGAAUCUGACGGAAGAAACCAGAACUUUGCUUGAACUGGCACUGGGAUCCUCCAGAGGACCGGCAGCUAGCCUAUGGUGGAAGAUGGAGGAGUACGCUCACACCAAAGAAUGGGAGAGCGGAGGCUCUUCAGGUGAUUGUCUGCUGCAGAUUGUCUGUCGCUGCAGUCUGGCCGCUCUCCUGAAACACACUGGACUGCAGAAUGAAGCCUGCUGGCAGGACAGAUAUGAGCCCUGCGAGGUGCUGUUUGAUGUCUAUGAAACAGUUUAUAAAAUCCGAAGCACUCUGUUGGCCCUUAAAAACUCUCCCAGGAUGUCACAGGUGCAGGCAGCAGCCAAACAGAUCUCUCAGUCCCCUCAAAGUCCUGAUGUGGACAGACAAGAGCCAAGCACCUCAGGAGAGCAGGUGGGAAAGGAUCACGAGCAGCAAUCAGGAGGUCAGUGCAGCCGGGAGGUGCAGGUGCCUCCAUCUCCUACAGCAAACCACAACCAGGAAGAGGGUGGAGACGAGGACAGAUUUGGCAACAGUCGUAUGUACCUGUCAGAGGUCCUUGAAUCAUUCAUGGCCACCCGUGAAGCCAUGCAAGUACAGCAGAAUGUGACAGUGUACGAGUCUUUCGGUACUUCCACCCUCCCCAGCAGCAUGGAGAGCCCUGUCAGCCCAGAGAGAGAGCCGGAUCCCAAACAGCAGUGGGAGAAGCACAGGGAAUCUGAGGAAAACUUGUCUUUCCCUGCUGCCUGCCAUCUGGUGGUGUCCCGAUGUCUCUUCCUCCUGCUGGGGGUCAGGCCUGCUUGGGUAGAACCCAACGAGAAGGAGAAUAGCCAGGCUGUGAACACUGAAUCAAGAAAAUCAUCAACAGAAUCCUUUACAGUGCCUAUUAAUGGACGAAAACAGUCUGAACAGCCCAAGAACUCGUCCGGAACUUCCAAGAAUAAAAUGGGCUUACCUCUGUGCUCUUUGGGGAUUAUGAAGGAUGCUUGGGAUCGCCUGCGGCAGUGUAUCAGCCCAACCACCACUAUGUCGCACUACGGCAACAACACUUUGCCCAUUCUUAACCAGGUGUUCCACUUUGUCUGUGGAAGCCUGAUUCAGUUACCAUCCUCCUCACCAACACUGCCUGGUGGACAGAGCUGCAGUCACGCAGAUCCGAGGGCCAUUACUUUUGCCAUUCUUCAACAGCAACAGCGGGCUGAGAUGCGUCUAGAGGCCUUUUGUCAGAUGUCCGCCUUCCUGUCCAAGAUGGAGGAAAAGAGCAGUGGAUCUACAGUGUCCCCUCGGUGUCCUGCGUUGUUGGAGUCUGUGCAGCUCCAGUUCCUGUCUGGAUGCUUUGCCUUGGGAACACAAAUUAUUGGCUCUCACACUGGAGCUCAAUAUGAAACUCAGCAUUACAUGUGUGGCACGCAUUCGGCUUCUUUGGAUACACAAAGAGAGCUGCAAUCUGCAGCCCACACCUUCUACCAGCAGGUGGUGCGUGUCCUCAAACAGAGAGUCCUACUUGAACGAGAACAGCCAGGUUCCUGCCAGCACCUUCUACUAGCCACAAUGUUUGCACUGAAUUUCUGUUACCAACCCGUGGAUCUAGUGCUGAUCAUCAAAUGUGGCAUCCUGGAAAUCUUGUCCAUGCUGACCAACAACAGCUGUGCACUGGUGAAUCAGGGCUGGUUUGCAGCCACAGCAUCUGGAUCCAUGUUACUGAGUGGGGCCGUGAGACUAGCUUGUGCCCGCCUGCUUCAGAUAUUGACUGUGGCAGCAAGCUCCUGUGAGGAAUCGCUGCCUGUAGAUGUAUCCCACGCUCUAAUGGAGGUGAUGUGUGAGCAGCUUCAAAACAUCCUGUACAACUUCCAUCAACAACAGAUAGCAGAGAGAGGAACAGCUGAGAGAACAGAUCUGGAGUGCAACAGCAAGAGCACAAAUCUAGUUGGUGUCGAGAACAGCAAAGUGGUUGAAUCUCAGCUUGCAGAUUUCUUGGUGUUUCUGAGGCGUGUACUGUCAUUAAGAGUAAUGAAAAGACUUUCUACUUUUGUCAAAUGGAUUGAUCCACUCAUGGCCAUAAUUUCACACAAGUGCUCUUUAGGAUCUCCACGCUUCCAGAACCUCCGCACUAAGCUUUUGGCCUUUCAUCUUUUGGAAAGACUGUUACCUGCUUGUUCUGAGCCCAUCCAGAUUGAAGAGAUUGUUAAACAACUUUUUCAGCUCUUGUCUGUUUAUAUGUGGGAGGAACCACUAGCUGAGAGGAACCACGAAGAGACAGCUGAAAAAUCCACAGGGAAUCCUGGCAGCUACGAUGAAUGUAUUCCCAUUGGAGAGUUUUCCUUUGACCCACACAAGCUAAUUUGCUGUUCUCUGGAGAGUGGGAACAUCCUCUCCCAUGGUUCAGGGGGGAAAGGCUAUGGCUUGGCAACCACGGCCAUUACAUCUGGCUGUUUCAUAUGGAAGUUCUACAUUACCAAAGAAAACAGAGGCAAUGAGGGCACAUGUAUUGGCGUUUCACGCUGGCCAAUUAGAGAUCAUAACCACCACACCACUACUGACAUGUGGCUGUAUCGUGCCUAUAGUGGCAACCUGUACCACGGAGGGGAACUGGUCCGCACACUUCCCUCCUUCACCCAGGGUGACACCAUCACCUGCAUCCUGGACAUGGAGGCUCAUACUGUAUCAUUUGCCAAGAAUGACAAGGAGCCGAAGUUGGCAUUUGAAGGUGUGGUUGCCAAUGAACUGUACCCCUGUGUCCUGUUCUACAGCAGUAAUCCUGGAGAGAAGGUGGCACUGCGUGACCUCCAGAUGAGGGGCAUGCCCAGUAAUCUACUUCCUGGAGAGCCGCUCUGCAGCCCUCAGACCACCGUGCUGCUGGAGUCCACAGUACAUCUCUUACGAAGGCUCCAUCAGUGUGACCAGUGGUCCCCACAUAUUAACCAGCAUAUUCACAGCCACCUGGAGCUCAUUGGUCCCCUACUGAGAGAGGACGACUCAGGAGGCUUCAAUCCAGGCCUCAGUCCCGCACACACUGAGAGGGAAGAGAAUGAUAGAGACAAAGACCUGGCCGGUGAUGACACAAGGGAACUGCUGCCACACCGUCGGUCUCUGUCGGAAGCCAAACUGGCCGCUCUUUGCACUGAAGUGUGGCCAGUACUGGCUGUGAUUGGUGGAGUGGACAGUGGUGUCCGUGCUGGAGGUGUGUGUCUGCACAAGCCCAGUGGGAGAAGAGCCAUUCUGCUCGGUGUCCUGAAAGAGGGAAGCUCUCUGGCCAAGCUUCAGUGGGAGGAAGCCGACCUCUCUGUCAGCUCCAUGAAUUCUUGGUCACCCAGCGACAUGCCGAUCAUCUCUCUGGAGCCCUGUGACAUAUCCUGCUGCGAUGUCACCCGCCUUGGAGGCCUCAAACCAACGGUGCUGUUAGAUCUGAUUUAUUUGAUGGGGCUGCUGGAGGAGCAGGGGUGGCUGGGGGCUUAUCCACCUCCCAGGAGGAAAUACUCUGAAGAGAACAUGAAAGACGGUGAAACACAAUGUUGUCUGGAUGAAGAACUAACAGAUGAUAUAAGAUGGUUGACAGAAGAAGAGAAGAAAAGGUUUAAGGAGCAGAAGGUUGAGACGGACCUGUUUACAUCACCGUCCUCGACCAAAGAUGCCACCAAGAUCUCUGACCCUCAGGAGUUGACCUGUCUAGCUCAGCCUCCCCAAACAUCUCAAAGCUCCAAAAUGGAUAUCUUUGCACUUGAACUGAGAGCAGUUAGAGUCUCAUACCUUCUCAUUGGAGGUUUGAAAUCCCUGACUGUCAUUUUUAGCUGUGAGAAGCUAUCAGAUUUGCUUCUCGUGCCUAAACAUGAUCCUCCCAAUCCCUCAGUGAGUCCUGUUUGCAGCCCAAACCCUGACCAGGCUAAGGCCAGCACUAAACAAUGGGAUGAAAGUGCUGAGCUGAGAUCAGUGCUGCAGUAUGUGGUGCAGAGCAUGGUGAAGUGGGCAGUCAGGCCCUGUCCCAUCAAACAGACUGUGUCUCUUGCCGACUUGGAGAGAGCUCAAGUCAUGAUAUACAAAGGAGCCCUUAACAGACUGCAGGAGGACAAAGAACGUAAAGAAUCAGGCCACCACUUGUCCUCUCAGCCCAUUUCCAAGUCCUCCAGCUCUGUGUCUUUGUACAGUGCAGGUUCAGAAGGCACUGCCAUCUUUGGCCAGUCAAACAGAGCCUCUGCCUCAUCAUCCAAUACUGACUUGGCAUCCUCUCUGCCAACAAACCUGCAGGGAGAUGCACUUGAUAAUUUCCACCCCUUUCUCCCAAUCAGUCUUCUCCAGCACAUGGUGCUAACUCGGUUCCCCACGCUUACGGGCCUGGUUAGCACUCCCCCUGUGCUACACCCUUGCUUCAGCCUGGCCAGUUCUGCUUCUUGUGAUGCCUUCACAGAACAGCAGACCAGCUUUAUGGAACCUGGUCCCUGCAGCACACAGGCCAGAAGCAGCCUGGAACGGACACAAAUGUUUGUCACCAGUCGGUUGCUAGAAAUGGGAUUCACUAUGAGACAUAUCUACUGGGCCAUGGAGGCUGCAGAUGUAGCAGGUGACUUGGACUCUCAAACCAUUGAGGUGUUGGCCAGCUGGAUGCUAGAGCACCCCCUGACCGAGGAGCAGCAGGCAGCCGAGUCACAGAGACCAGAGGGUGCUCCUGAGACCCCGUCCCCAGAUGGGCCAGAGACGGUGCAAUGUCCUGAACGCCAAACCAGUCAAACCAAUGAAAGCCUCUUGCCAGGACUCGACUGGAUAGAGAGGGAGAACUUCUUGGAUGUCCACCUCACCAGGAACAGACCUCCUCCGGCACGGCGGCGCCGCUCAGGCCCUACUCAGAGGACGUCCUUCCGAAGGGCAGAUAUUGUAUUUUCAGACUUGCCGUCACCCAAUCCCCUCCCUCAGCUGUACCAGCAGCACACAGCAGUCAGCGAUUGGCCAGAGCAGGUAGAGUUUCAUCCGUACUCUGCAGAUGAGGAAUCAGAGCUGGGCUACAUGGAUGACCCAUACCAUGAAGAAACAUAUGAGGACCUGCUCACCCCCUCAUUCUUCAGCUUGGAGAGAGACACACUCCAGAUUGUGGAGGCUGGUGAAGAACACAGUCAGAUGGUGAAAUGUGAGCUGUGCAACACCCUCACAUUACAGUUUAACAAUCACAUAAAGCGGCGACACCCGGGCUGCGGGCAGAGUGCUGCGCGUAAAGGCUAUGACAGCACUGGGGCCUAUGUGGAUGUCUGGUUCAAAGGAGAGUGUGGUUCCAACUUCCCCUUCUACCUUCUGUGCAGCUCCUGUAGGGAAAAGUAUUUGGCUGCAAACAUGAGCGAUCCAAGCUCCAAAUAUGAACGGAUUAAAGGUCUGACAUCUGAUUUGAUUGGCCAAAUGGACAGCACUUCUGAUGAUGACUGGGAAAUGAGCCAUCAAGAUGAGUAUGACACAGAUAAACUGACAGGACUGGAGGAUUUUGGGCUCCUGCUGAGACCACUGGGACUGACUGAGAAGAAGCUGGUACCAGACCCAAUUGCCUUUACUGAGCCAGAUCCACUUGGAGCCCUGGUUUACAGCUCAACAUGUCCUACAAGAGCAGCUCCCAAAGGGAAUGCGCUUGUUGAGCAGAAGACCUCUCUGAGCCUCGGACAGCAGGCGGUAUCACUGAGGGACUUUCAUGAUAGACUGAAAGCCUUGAGAAGAGUCACAUCCACAGCCCAGAUUCUGCUAGCUUACAGCAUGGUGAUGAGGGCACUGUCUCAGACUGCUUCAAGUGCAUCAGUGUGCAGCCAGUCUAACGGACUGGAGUCCUUGGGUCUGGCAGAUAUCCGUAUCCUGGUGCGAUUGAUGACUUUAGCGGCAGCAGGCAGGGCUCACACCUGUGUGGACACUCGUUCAGGUGCGAAGGGGCUGGCGGCAGAGCGUAACAACUCCACCUGCCUCAGUUUUCUUACCUCGGCCAUCGGCAGUGUGGUGUCCCACAGCCCUGCUGCUUACAGACAGCUGGUGGAGAUAUGCACUCAGGACCUAAUGGCCGCAGCUACAGGGGUGAACAUCGGGGCCAUCAGUGACCCCCAGCAGAGAGGCUGUCUGAACACCACUCUCACAGUUGCAACCCAGGCAGCCCAGCCGCAGAGGGACUACAAUGACCAGUCGCCCCCAGCAUUCCUGGUCACACAGAGUCUGGUGUCCUUGCUCACCGAAAAGAGCGUUCACUGUUACAGCCCCGACAGAACUGAACACGAGGCUAGUGAUGCUUCAAACCAGGGGGUGUCUUCCUCAUCCUUGCCUCCUUCCCCUUUACCACACCUGAGUGCCAGAGUGGGCCCUCUGGAGCUGGCAAAUGCACUGGCAGCAUGUGUCCUGUCUGCCAGGCUGACCAGUAGACACCGCCAGUGGGCAGCACAACAGCUGGUGCAGGCCCUGGCCACCUCAGGAAGGGACACUCCUAAUCGGCCCCAGACAUACAGUGACCUGGCUGGUGAUUUGCGCAAAUGUCCUCUCAAGAGACUGGAAGGACAUUACAACAAGGUGGCCAGCUGUUACUGGAGCAGUGAGCAGAGUUUGCUGGCUACGUGCUCUCAGGACAAAGUGGUGCAACUAUGGAGCAUCAGCCAGAACACUGUGGAGUUACAGACCACCUUCUCCUGUAUUACCAGUAAGACAGACAGAUCAAGCAGUGAGAGGGCUGGCAGAUGUCAUCACAUGUCUCCUGUAUACUGGAGUACUGGUGGAAGUUUUCUGGCUGCCCCAGAGAACAAACACAUCAACAUCAUGAACAUCAGAGGAUCUCUCUGUCAUGUGGAGGACCAGAGUUCUCGAGUCACAGCUCUCUGCUGGGCUCAGACCUUCAGCUUGUGGGUGCUGGACCAGCCAGCAGCCUCUAAGAACAGACCUGCUGAAAGCCUGCUGGUGGGACGGCUGGAUGGCACCCUCUGCUGGCUGCAGGUCACCAUGCAGGAAGUAGACCUGCUGGUGAAGAGCACUGAACUCACCCACUGCCAAAGGAAAGAGGCCCCCCAGUGCGCUGCCUGGCACAGUGAAGACAAGCCUUUUGCAGUGGGGUAUCCCAGUGGGAAGAUCCUGUUGGCCACAACUGAGACCUACGAGAAUGAGCAGCCUGUAGUGUUGUCUCUCUUUCAGGACAAUGUGAACUCCCUAAAAUGGGACCCCACAGGACACUUGCUGCUCUGUUUGGGGAGGUCAGAGGUAGUGAAGAUAUUGGGACGCUCGGGGGGCACCUGGGUGACUCUCCACUCUCUGUUCCACACCAGCACUGUUAAUGUCGCUGAAUGGUGCCCACUGGCUGGCAGAGCACCUGAUCCCAGGCUCAUGAUGGCUGUAGGUUGUCAGAAUGGCUCUGUGCAUGUCUGGACACUGCCACAGGGGGGAACCAUCGUAUCAUUGCCCAACAUGAUAAACAGCUCCACCAGCCAGGAUAGAAACACUGAGGUCAAGCAGGACAGUGCAAAAUGUGCAUUUGUACUUCAUGGCCACAUUACAGCAGUGAAGUCCCUUUCAUUUUGCUCCAGUGGACUGGCACUGGUUUCUGGAGGGAUAGGAGGGCUGCUCAACAUCUGGUCGCUACAGGACGGUUCAGUGUUACAGACUGUUACAGGUUUGGGUUCAGUUGUCAGCACCACCUGGAUACCCAAUUUGGGCAUUGCCGCCUGCUUUGGGAGGUCAAAGGAUGUUUUGCUGAUCUGCUGCACCCCAGAUUGGAUCAGUCAGAAUCAUGUGCUCGCUUCGUGCCGAAUGGUCCUCAGAAGCCAAAACAUCUUGGGUCUAAAUCGGGCACCUUGUUUGGCUGUCUUCCUGGAGAGGCUGCCCUUGCUGUUGCAGGAGCAGUACAGCUAUGAGCGGACCCAUGUGGCGGCCGGUGACCAGCUUGUCCACAGUGCCUUCCUGCAGAGUCUGGCCUCUUUGACUGUCGGUUUGUCCUUAGAGAAACACCUGUGCUGUUUCCCACGCCCCCCACACCACAGCUGUCCUGAUGCUCACUCCUGCCCGUCAGAGUGGUGCUGGCUGGUCACUUAUGCCACCACUGUCCGCAGCGCUGAGGCUAUUUCCAGCGGUACUGCCUUCCCAGACUCCUUCAUUGUUUCAGAGUUUCAGGAGGUGCUAGACACGGAAAUCUCCAAAGCACUGGACAAUAGUAAGUGGAGCUUCAGGAUGGAUGAACAGCUGAUGGCGUGGGCCACCAGCAGACCUGAGGACUGGCAACAAGGAGGAAAAAGUCUGGUGUACUUAUGGGGCAACGGUCGUUACGGGCAGUUGGCAGGAAUGGGAACCAACCUUACGAUGCCUACACUGGCACCAUCUCUGUUACAGACACAACAGGUUGUGUGCGGUCAGAACUGUACCUUUCUGCUCCAGUCCAAUGGGACUGUACUGGCUGUAGGAGAAGGACAGUAUGGCAGACUGGGCCAGGGGAAUUCUGAUGAUCUCUAUGUCCCCACUAUUAUCUCUGCUUUUCAAGGGUAUGUAGUGACACAGCUGGUGACAUCCUGUGGGUCAGAUGGACACUCAAUGGCUCUGACUGAGACCGGAGAGGUGUUCAGUUGGGGAGAUGGAGAUUUCGGAAAACUGGGCCACGGCAACAGUGAAAGACAGAGGAGACCGAAACAGAUUGAGGCUUUACAAGGAGAAGAAGUCAUUCAGCUUGCUUGUGGUUUCCGGCACUCUGCUGUGGUUACAGCAGAUGGGAAAUUAUUCACCUUCGGCAGUGGUGAAUCUGGUCGUCUGGGCCAAAGGUCAACAUCCAACAAGAUGCUGCCUGAAAGGGUGGCUGCACUGGAGGGAUAUCAUGUUGGACAGGUGUCAUGUGGUCUGAACCACACAUUAGUGCUGUCUCUUGAUGGGAUGGUUGUGUGGGCAUUUGGAGAUGGGGAUUAUGGCAAACUGGGAACAGGUUCCUCAACAGCAAAAUACUACCCACAGAAAGUGGAGCAGCUUUGCAACAAGGGAAUUAAGAAGGUCAGUUGUGGAACUCAGUUCUCUGUGGCCUUGGCCUGUGACGGACACGUUUACACAUUUGGACAAGAGCGUCUCAUUGGCUUACCAGACUCCAUGCUGAAGAAUAGAUCCUGCCCUCAGGUGGUGCCGUCUCUGGAAGGAUUGUUUGUAGAAGACAUCGCUGUGGGCUGUGAACAUGUUCUCGCUCUGUCCUCCACUGGAGACGUCUACGCCUGGGGCUGCAACAGUGAGGGACAGCUCGGCCUUGGACACUCCAAUCCUGUGAAGGAGCCCACACUCAUAACAGCCCUCCAGGGGAAAAACAUCAGACAGAUCUCUGCUGGCCGCUGCCACAGUUCAGCGUGGACGACCCCCUCUACCUCAAUGAAAAACUCAGGUGGCUCUGGAAAUUUCCUGCUCGGCCUUCCCCAGUCGGUCCCUCCCCAGUACAACACUCUGAAAGACUGUAGUCCUGAUGUCCUCAGCAUGCGCCUCAGGGUACUCCACCACUUUUCUGAUCUCAUGUACAAAUCCUGGAGGCUGCUCAAUCUGGACACCAAGAAUCCGGUGUCCACCUCACGCUACAGUUCAGGGACGACAGCCAUCAUCCGGGGCGAGCUCAGAGGCCUUCUGUCACCCAAGGUCAACACUCUGCCUCUGGUGCGCUCAAUUGGCAGAACAAUGACCCAGGGCAAAACAUAUGGGCCACAGAUCACUGUGAAAAGGAUUUCCACAAGAGGACGCUCGAGCAAACCCAUCUUUGUGCAGAUCGCAAAGCAGGUGGUGAGCCUGAAUCCUCUUGAGCUGCGGCUGCCAUCACGAGCCUGGAAGGUCAAACUGGUUGGAGAGGGAGCAGACGAUGCCGGAGGAGUGUUUGAUGAUACCAUCACUGAGAUGUGCCAGGAGCUGCAGUCUGGUGUUGUGGAUCUUCUGAUUCAUACUCCCAACUGCUUUGCAGACGUGGGCAGUAACACUGACAGGUUCUUGCUGAAUCCAGCAGCACACUCAGAAGAACACAUGGUCCAGUUUCGCUUCUUGGGGAUCCUCAUGGCAGUGGCCAUCCGAACCAAGAAACCUCUGGACUUACAUCUGGCUCCCUGGGUGUGGAAACAGCUUUGCUCGAUGCCACUGGGAGGGCGAGACCUGGAGGAGGUGGACCUGCUCACCUACCGCACCCUUCAAGGCAUCCUUCACCUUGAAAACAGUGGAAUCACAGAGGAUAAUUUCCAUGUGAUGAUCCCACUGGAUUCAUUCAUGGCCCACAGUGCAGAUGGAAGGCUGGUACCUGUAGUUCCUGGAGGUCAAAACAUCUCCCUUACCUUUACUAACCGCACUGAAUAUGUGGACCGAGCCCUGGACUACAGACUGCAUGAAAUGGAUUCACAGGUGGCAGCAGUCAGAGAGGGCAUGUCCACCAUCAUCCCCGUGCCCCUCCUCUCCCUGCUGACAGCGCUGCAGCUGGAGCAGCUGGUCUGCGGCCUGCCAGAGGUCUCCGUGGAGAUGUUAAAGAAGCUGGUGCGUUACCGUGACAUCACCGAGAGCCACCAGCUUAUUGGCUGGUUUUGGCAGAGCUUGGAGGAGUUCACCAACGAGGAGCGGGUGCUGUUCCUACGUUUCGUCUCUGGCAGGUCUAGGCUGCCCUCCAACCCAGCUGAUAUUACGCAGAAGUUCCAGAUCAUCAAGGUGGACAGGCCCAUCAACGGACUCCCCACUGCUCAGACCUGCUUCUUCCUGCUUCGCCUGCCGCCAUACACGAGCCAGCCCAUCCUCGCUGAGCGUCUGCGUUACUCCAUUCACAACUGCCCCUCCAUCGACAUGGACAACUACAUGCUGACCCACAACACCGACCCGGCAGACAGCUCUGACACCGAGGACUGAAGCAGAGAUCUGCAGACAACAGGGUGAUGAAUGUAUCUUCUCCGAUGCCAUGCACAUUAUGCACUGAACACAGAUUUUUAUUCGCCAAACUUGUAUGGUAGCGUACUGUUUAUAUGUUGUUUGAUUUAAAAAUAAUAUGUGUAGUUUUGAUUUUCCAGCUGUGCAAGGUGUUGUAAUUAUUGCAGUGCUUACUCUGAAUCAAAACUACUACAGGGAAAAGAACAAGAUUUUUAAAAAUGUAGGUGAAUAAGCCACUAUAAAAGGAGUUAAUGUGCCUGUUUGUUUUGAAAAUAUAUAAGAAUUUAAUGAUCUAUCCCACAUACUGUAGGCAGUAUUAUUGUAAAAUAAAGAGUGUUUAAAUAAGGA